AUGUUUGACAACCUUAUUAUCUGCAUCUGCGGACUUCUUAUAACAACGUUGGUUGGACAUCUACUAUCGCUGUUACCGGCAGCCAAGGCUCUGGCUGUGUCCAGUACUGGAACAGCCGUGUUAGCACAUGACGAGUUAUCAACCUCCAGCGACACGAUACAAUCUCCCCAGCGAGCAUCCGAGAAUAAGACGUGUACGGAUUUUGACGAGAAGGAGUGGGCCGAGUGGUGCCAUCAUAUGGCCCAACGCAGCUCUCACACGGACGAGGUGCAACAAAUAUGCGAAACAACGACGCUUGCAGCAGGGGACCUAAAUAAGGCUAAGAAAUACUGCUCGUAUAACCCUCUCAUGGUCAAACGCGUAGUUGUUGGAGCUACCGCGGUGGUCGCAGCUUUAUAUGAGUGCCAGAUGUUGGCGGAUAACUUCGCCAAUAGCUGCUUGGCGCAACCGCACGACGAUAACAGGGGCAAGUUUCUUCGUGGCUAUGACUGCCUCAAAUACGGCGGCGGGCUCUUGUUCGGUUUCGCAACAUUCUCGACGAUUCAAUUCACAGCCGGAAUGUACGCUGAGACUAUAGGAUCGUGUAUUCAUAUGAUUAUCGGGAACUGGUUGGCGCCGCCAGAAGAGCAGAGCACUGCUAAGCGUGACGGCGUCUGUUAG